CUCUCGCACGGAUAUCUACAAGACUUUGACAUUUUCUCCAGGCAUCGGAAUCUCAUUACCAAAGGCUUGAUUAAACGUCUAGGAGCACCAAAACACAUCGUCACUGAAGUGUUGACGAUAACAAAGACGGACCAAGAUGAGUGUGAACGUGAAUGAUUUCAAUGACAUUUUGGAUGCACUGGGUGAACUGAACUUCUCAACUCUUGACGAUAAUGUCUCCCAUGUGGAAGUGUGCCACAGCACCUUCAGCCAGAGGGCCUUGCUGUACGCCCUCUCUGUGCUCUACAUCUUCCUCUUCAUCAUUGGCCUCGCUGCCAACGCUCUGGUGGUUUGGGUGAACGUGAGAGCCGAGAGGACACGUUAUGAGACUCACCUGUACAUCCUCAACCUAGCCAUCGCUGACCUUUGUGUGGUGGCAACUCUUCCAGUCUCCAUUAGUUCUCUGCUUCAGCUCGGCCACUGGCCAUUUGGUGGUGCCAUGUGCAAGAUUACACACCUGAUCUUCAGUGUCAACCUCUUCAGCAGUAUCUUCUUCCUUACGUGUAUGAGUGUGGACCGAUAUCUCUCUGUGAAACUUUUUGGAGACACUCCCAGUCAGAGGAAGAGAAGAACCAGGCAGAUAAUCUGCGUUGGAGUUUGGCUGCUGGCUCUCAUUGCUGCCCUCCCUGAAAUAUACUUCCUUCAGGCUGAGAAAUCUGACCAUUCAGACGCCAUCGUCUGCAAAGCAGUUUACCCAGUGGAAAGCAUGAAGGAGUGGACGGUUGGCAUCCAAAUGAGCUUCUUCAUGCUUGGCUUUGCCAUUCCCUUCCCUGUCAUUGCUGUGUUCUACGUCCUCCUGGCUAAUACCAUCCAUCCCUCAGUUGACCAGGAACGUCGAAUCAGCCGUCACCUCAUCUUCACCUACAUUGUAGUCUUCCUAGUGUGUUGGCUGCCCUACCAUGGAGCCCUGCUUCUGGACACUCUAGCCUUUCUCAAUGUGCUUCCAUUCAACUGCACAUUGGAGAACGCUCUCUACGCAGCACUGCACCUCACCCAGUGCUUCUCCCUCUUUCACUGCUGUGCGAACCCCAUCAUCUACAACUUCAUCAACAAGAACUACCGAUACGACCUCAUGAAGGCUUUCAUCUUCAAGUACUCCACCAAAACUGGCCUCGCUAGGCUUAUCGAUGCCUCACACGUGUCUGAGACUGAAUACUCAGCCGUGGAAAACCAGGGACCAUUAUGAACUUUCUUUAAUGGUGUUGACCAUCACCAACUGUUUAAAGCUCAGAGGUCAACAGGGAACAGUCAUGUACAUCUCUCUGGACAUUUUGGCAUCACAAAAAUUGAUGCUAUUUAAAACAGUGGAACAACUUUGUAUACAAACCGUUUGCUUACAUUUAUAAGCAGAAGAAUGUUUAUGCCUUUUGUACAUUUUUACGUCGGAUAUAGAUGAGAAGCACUUGUAUUGAUUUGAUUUGUAAGUGUAUUAGCCUUGUAACUGUAGCUAGGCUUUUUUAUGUGAAAUUGGUGGAAAAGGUCAUAUGACAGAACCACAAGAGAGACUUAUAUAACCCUUUCUCCAAUUAUCUGUGGCUUUCCUACAUCUGCCGGAAAGACUCCAACAUGCUUAGGCUAAAGAGCAUGUUUUGAUACUCAUUAAUGUUUAGUUAUGUCUGGUGAAACGGAGGGGGAUAUUGAAAACCCAAACAACUGGGUGGAGAGAAAAGUGUCCAAAUCAAGAUUAGAUGUAGCUUUUGUAAAUCUAUGUUACAUUGUAUGCUUGCUUGCGAGAAAUGGAAUUUCACGAUAAGUUGUGCAUUUCAGGAACAAUGCUAGCAGCAUUUAUUUGUAAAUGUUUUGUAAAUAAAAUUAUAUUUAUAUACUCACUGUGUAAGUUCAGUGUUUUGGAGUAAUGUCUGAAAUGUGCCAUUUAAAUAAAAGAUGUAUCUUUCAGA